AUGGGUAAGUAUGGAUAUCUGAUCCCGGACUCUUAUGUCCGGGAGGUUCCCGGCGAGGUCGAUAUGAACACCGCCAGUAUCUUCUGGGGCUUCUCUCUUGGCGUUGCAGUCUUUUCGGCGGGUAAGGCCGGCAAGCAGAGUUGGCGGUCAUGGAAGCGUGCUCGACGGCUCACGGCAUAUGUGGCCAUGGUGUGGGCCGUGUGGUUCAGCAGCAUGGUGCUUGGUGCUCUCGCUUGGGGCUUUCAACGACAAUACAUAGACCCAAGCUUCGGCUUCUACUUCUGUGUCGCCUUGUUCUGGGCAUUGCAGGUUCAGUUUCUUCUCCAGAUCAUCCUCAACCGUCUUGGCCUGCUCAUGGUGGUGCCUGGGCAAGCCACGAAGCUCAAGUGGCUUGUCUUUGGUAUCAUCUUCGCAAUCAACAUCAGCGUUUUUAUCAUCUGGAUGCCGGCGCGACUCCAGAUUAACGACACAUGGGUACACCUCAACGAGAUUUGGGACCGCUGCGAGAAGGUCAUCUUUGCCCUGGUCGAUGGGGCGUUGAAUGGCUACUUUAUAUACCUUGUUCGGUCACGACUGAUUGAGAAUGGUCUGACCAAAUACACCCCUCUUUAUCGCAUGAACUUGGUUCUUAUCUUUGUAUCUCUUUCAUUGGAUGUCGUCUUGGUUGGCCUCAUGUCCAUGAAGAGUAGCCUAGUCUACCUCUCAUUCCACCCCGUCUGUUACCUUCUUAAACUUCAGAUCGAGAUGAAGAUGGCCGAGUUGAUCACCAAGAUUGUGCGGUCUACCGGACGACAUGGCUCCGACGAUAUCUACUACCGGCAGUCGUCAACAGGGGACAAGUCCAAAACUGCUGGAGGAACGACCAAGGUCAAGUUCUCAAAUGGUCUAUCAGGGGCCCAAGGGACAUUCAGGCAAGGCAAUACAACACAAAUCGAGGCUGGUGACCAGGACAGCGACAUUGAGAUGGAGAUCCGAGAUAGAGCAACCGACGGUGGUAUUAUUAAAACCACACACACUACAGUUGCUAGCUCUCCUGUCGACAUCAGGGAGGAUGAUGAUUCACAUAGCAGGACAAGCUCCACAAGAAAACUGCACUACUAA